AUGGAGAAAGAUACGGGCAAGGGUGCGAAGAGGCGCCUCCAUAAAGGCUCGCCUGGUGGAGGCGAAGGCCGCAAGAAGAAGGCGGGCGACGCAGACACGAGAGUGCCGACUGUACGUACACCCGAAGAGAAGCACAGGCGCCAGUGUGUGUGCCCGAAAAUUCCUCCGCGAGUGCGCCUGGUGUGUUGUCGUGUUUUAGACAACAGAGUUGUGGAAGUGACCCUCAUGCUUUUGACUUUUUACGCGUUGUUUGGCGACGACGUUCGCCGCCUCGCGACCUCCCGGACCGCAGACCCGGUUUUUGACGCCUUCACGAGCGUUGCGCUCCUCGCGUUUGGUCUCGAAAUCGUCCUCAGCGCCAUCGGCAAGAAAGACUACUUGUUCCAUCUGUUCUUCUACCUCGACGUCGUCUCGCUGCUCUCCCUCGUCCUCGACCUCUCCUCCGUCGAUGAGGCAAUGCAUGUGUGGGCAGAAGAAGGAAGCUCAGCGACAGAAGGCGACGUGAGUCAGGCGGCGCUCGCGGGGAAAGCGGGCUCCAAGGUGGCGCGCAUGCUCCGCCUCAUUCGCCUCGUGCGCCUGAUUCGCGUGGCGAAACUCUACAAGAACAUCGGCUUUUCCAGCGCGCCGCAGCAAGACGACGAGUUCAGAGAGUUCGACAGCUUCUUAGAGCCGGAGGCCAUCGACCUCGACGACCUCAAGGAGGCGCCGGCCGCGAGCAAGCGCGGGGAGACCAGCGAGAACGCGGCCGAGGAGUUCCAGUCCGAAGUCGGGAAGAAAUUAACCGAAAAAACGACGCGGAAAAUCGUCUUUGUCGUCCUCGCUCUCACCCUUAUCAUCCCCGUCCUCUCAGAAGAAACCAUCGUCACCAAGUUCGCCUCGGAAAAAAGCGGACUCGAACUCGUUGCCGAAUACGCCACAGCUGCGCGGCGAGGCGAGAGACAGGAGUCCUGGCUGCGAGUGUACACGCACGCAACUUUGUUUUACAUGAAUUACCACCGAAGAGGGGGGAUCGGCGACAGCGGGGGCAACAGCAGUCACUUGGCGUUCUUUCAACUCGCUCUGCCCCUGUAUCAAACGACCAUGCUCGACGGGCGAAUAUACCAAGAUAUUCCUUGCACAGGCUUCGCCUCUUGCGCAAACAGUCUUGUGCUUCCUCCAGAAGCAGCUGCUCGUCUGUACCUGCCAGAAGCGGUGUCCAAAGGCGCCUUGAUUGUCGAUGACCUCGACAGUGUGGACGACCUCAGACUUUCAGAAAGGGAAGUCUACACUGCUUACUUCUGCAAUGCCGCCAGCGCGGACAGUGCGGUGGGGGGCAGCCCGAAGGCGACAGACUGCGACCUGGACAAGGUGACGCAGAUUCGCGCGGUGUUUGACCGCCGGUCGGCAUCGAAGAUCGAGGCCGGACUGAGCAUUCUGCGGACGUUCAUUGUGUGCUUCCUGUUGAUUGUUGGGGCGGUCUUGGUGACCCGAGACGAGAACAAGCUGGUGCUCGUCCCGAUCGAGCGCAUGAUGGGCAAGAUGAAGGAGAUUCAGAACAAUCCCCUCGCGGCGGCGAACAUGUCGGACGACGCGCCGCUCGACGGGACCUCGAAGAAGCUCCACGACGCGCACAGGCGCGCGCUGGAAGAGGAGGAGGCGUCUUCGCCGUUCAGGGUGCUCCAAGCCAUUUUCUCCGACAAGGGGAAGGGCGGAGCCGAGUCGAUGGAGACGGCGAUGCUGGAGAAGACAAUCAUCAAGAUUGGUGGGUUGCUCGCUCUCGGCUUCGGCGAGGCUGGCGCAGAGAUCAUCGCGAAGAACAUGAAGAACGCCGACGGGGGCCUGAACGCGAUGUUGGACGGGAAGAAGCUGCAGGCCGUCUUCGGCUUCUGCGACAUCCGCAACUUCACAGACGCGACGGAGAUCUUGAAGGAGAAAGUCAUGGUGUUUGUAAACCAGAUCGCGGAGAUCGUCCACGGAACGGUCGACCAAUACUCAGGGUGCGCGAACAAGAACAUUGGAGACGCAUUUCUCCUCGUCUGGAAAUUCCCCGAAGUCGAGCGAGAAGGCGGCGUCAAGGAACAACUCAUGGACACGGCGACCACGAACCGCCUCGCGGACAUGGCGCUUGUUUCCUUCGUCAAAAUCAUCGCCGAAAUCAACAAGUCGCAAGUUCUCGCGGAGUACAGAGACAUCCCAGAACUGAUCGAGAGACUGGGCACCGGGUGGAAAGUCAAGAUGGGCUUCGGCCUCCACGUCGGCUGGGCGAUCGAGGGCGCAAUUGGAUCUGAAUACAAAAUCGAUGCCUCCUACCUCUCCCCAAAUGUCAACAUGGCGUCUCGACUCGAAGCAGCCACUAAACAGUAUGGCGUCUACAUCCUCAUCUCGAACGAGCUGUACGAUAUCAUGUCCCCUCAGGCUCAGUUGAACUGUCGACAGAUCGAUAGAGCAACGGUAAAGGGAUCGCAGGUUCCCUUGGGUCUGUACACAGUGGAUUUAGAUCCAGGGCGCUUGUCGGUCGUGCGGCACCCUCUCGGGACAGGUGGAGGAGCUCAGAAUAAGUCUCGUCUGCGACAGCAGAGGACUCUGCAGAAGCAGAAACUGUGGUCUUCGCGUACGUCUAUCUCUGCGUUGUUUGAGACAGACCCGGACAUCGUGACAAUGAGGGAGCACUUGACGAAGGAAUUCCUCACGACCUUUCGACGGGGGUUUUGCCACUACCAGGCAGGAGAGUGGCACCGCGCAAGAGAAAUCUUCGUCAAAACGCAAUUCAUGCUUGGAGUCGAGGACGUUCCUUCCUCGGUGCUCCUCUCGUUCAUGGCCGGACACGGCUUCGUCGCCCCCGCAGACUGGAUGGGAUUUCGAGAGCUCGUCGAAAAAUGA